UGGAAAGUACCUACGUAGCAUGUUUGAAGUUAACAGAAAUGCAAAGCAACCGCAACUCACUUUCUGCCCGCGCUGCGCUGAUCCAUAACGAGAGAUUCUAGAACUUGAAUCCAAGCGCAACUAGUACAAGCAGUACAACCAAUACAACUAAUACAACUAAUACAACUAAUUUGGUAGCACCACCGCAACUUGAAUUUCUCGGCUAUUUCCAAACAUACUAAAUUACAUACCUUACCUCCUCUAAUCCCACUCCCAAAUACGAAAUAUCCAUUCGACUGACUGCAACAAUAAUCGUCUCCUCGAUUCGGUUCCAUUUACCUCGCUUGCUCGAUGUAGGCGUAGGCAUAGCAUGACUUCAUCGCGAUGGGUGCCAGCGACUCCAAGCUAGUCUUCAAGAAGGGCAUCUUUAGACUAUCAGAAGAACGUCACAUUCCUGCUGACGACUCUUAUUGGACCUCUUUUUGGGAGCUACCCGAAUCCUCAGAGGACAUAUUCAGCCUCUUCGCGCCCGCCGAUAUUCGUCGAACCCGUGAUAGAGCAUUAGAAAACCUAGAAACCCUUGUACUCGCCGUAACAUCUCGUCUCUUUAUAUUGCGACAUCAUCCCUCCUUUCCCGACCCCGAAUUUGCGCCCGAGCGUGAUGCGCUAAAUUGCAUUCGUAUCCUUACCCGUGUCCUACCCUAUCUAUAUGAAGUAGAUCGUUUGCAAAGUUGGGAGAACAAGUUCUUCUGGGGAUCUAGAAGGAAGCGAACAAGACGAUCUGCCAUUGCGAACGAAGUACUCUUCGAUGAAGCACAGGAAGAUGCAAAGCCACCUAUUGACGAAUUUGAGGAAGCCAAACCGUUGGCAGAGGAGCUUAUAGACACUUUGAUCGACUUGCUAUUCUUCUCCGACCUUACCGUCCCGAAGCAGCCUCAUGGCAAACCAAAGGUUACCUACGCCAUCUGGCAGAGUGGUGUGGGUUGCAACACUGCCGUGCCUACAACGAAGGAGUAUGAAAGUAAUCGAUGCGAGAUACUACGCUUACUCUUGACCCUAACAAGUCAGGGCAUGUAUAUGUCUCCAAACAUGCUCCCGACUAAGGGGACCAAGGCUUUAACUUAUAUAUGUACAUGUCCGGAUAAACAAGUUGUCUUGUCCAUGCUGUGCUCUUUGCUAAAUACUACUCUCAAAUACAACCCGGCCAGCUGGCGUGUGCCAUACAACACCCUCGUGUUCAAGGACCCGAAAGAGAUACUCGUCACCUAUACCCUGCAGUUUCUGCUAGUCGUUCUUCUUUACCCAAUACCCGAGCCUGCGACCGGUUCUGCGCCGAAGAACUACUAUCGGCAUUUCCUUGGGAGGUUACAUCGUCCCCAGGAUUUUCAAUUCAUCGUUGAUGGCAUGACACGGAUACUAAACCAACCCAUCCAAGCCAAUAUCUCUUAUAUUCCUGGAACCCAAACUAAUACUAGAUUCUCUCCUGAGAUCAUCAUGCUCUUCUGGGAAAUUACCCAAUGCAACAAGCGAUUUAGAUCCUUCAUGAUUGACACACAACGAGCACAUGAUUUCGUGAUUCUCAUUCUCUUCUACGCUACCGAAUAUAAGGCAGAUGCUUCGAAGCAAGGUGUCGUGCGGAUGUGUGCUUUCUUGUUACAGACACUGAGUGUUGAGAAGAACUUUGGUGUCAAUCUCAACAAGAACUUCGAAGGACAGGACACAUUACCGGCUGUUAUUAGGAUCCCUGGAUUUAAAGGGACCUAUGCCGAUUUCUUAUUGCAGUCGAUAUACAAUCUCAUCACAAGAAGCCAGGGCAAGCUCUCCGCUAUCUACCCGGCAUUACUUGCUGUCAUCAACAAUAUUGCUGCCUACUUAGAGGGUAUCAAUGGAACUACAAGCUCAAAACUACUGCAGUUGUUCAAUUCCAUGUCCUCUCCUUCGUUCCUUCUCGCCAAUGAUAGCAACCAUGAUCUUCUCAGGUCGCUCCUAGAAUCUAUGAACGCCAUCAUUGAGCAUCAGUAUAAGAAGAACGCCCACUUCGUCUAUCUAGUAUUGAAGAAUAAGAAACGAUUUGAGGCCCUGCGAACGUUCACACUCGAGAGUGGCCAAGAGGAACUUGAACGAAGGAACCGUCAAAGAAAGGAAGCCGGACAAUCAUUAGACCCAUUCGAUGCAGGCUCUAGACGAAGUUCUCUUGAUAGUCUGCGCAGCCCCAUAACGACACAGCCAAUGACACCAACGCUCAGUAACGUACCGGAGGAGGAUACGACAUUUGCUAUAGGGGAUGAAGAUGAAAGUGAUGACGAUGACGAGCAGCCAACGCCGGCACAAUCGAGUCCAAGCGAAAAUCCUUCCAGAGCGUCUUCUGUUGCUGACGUAGAAGAUGCGGUACCAACACAGUUACGAGGAAUGUCGGAGAAGGCCAGAGGAAAAAUGCCAGCUGGAGUACCUACAUUCUCUAGACAAAAUAGCACUACGAGUCUCGGUAGCUAUUCUGCGGCAGGCCAAUCUAUUCCCGGUGCUUUCGAGCCUUCGGCGGAUUGGAUUGAGAGUUGGCUUCCCGAACUGCCACUACACACGAUACUUACAGUCAUCCAGCAAUUGACAGCAUUGAUUCAUCGCCAGGGGUUAACUGCGGACGUGCCUUCAUCAGCAACCAUUAAAUCAAUUCAAGAGGCUGAUUUAAUUGCUAUUGAACCAUCCCCCGUCCGAGUUCAUUCUUUCGAAUGGUCGCCAUUGGCCCUAGGCUGGUACGAAUCAUUGAUUUGGAGUUUCGUAUUCGCGAGCGAAAUGCAAGUUUCGAAGGGCACCGUGGGAGUUUGGAACGGAACAGCGAUUAAGCUAUUCAAGGUACAGGAAACAGCAGCCCAAGGUCCUACCCUGACGUCACCCCGAGGCGCAGUGGAUGCCGUCGGCAGUAAUAUCGUGUCAAGGAUUGGGUCUAUUAACUUACGGGGCGCAAGUGCGGGCACGCCUACAUCACCAUCUUCCCCCGGACUACCGCCCCAACGUAGCACAUCCAAUAGUACUACUUUGUAAGGAUAAUAGGAAUUGAGAUAGCUUGGUAAUGUACCUUCUACAAAACACAUAUUAUAUUAAUCUAUCGCGGCGAUGUGAAUUUAGGGGUUGGCUUCGGUCUUCGGUUCGUGUUACUUCUGGAAAGAUAUUCGAUGUAUAGCGUUUUUAGUCCCAAGUUGUCUAGAAUUGACUAUUAAUUACUUUAUAU